AGUCACUUUUAAGCAUAAUACAUCCUCCUUAAUUAUCACCAACUAAUUAAUUAUGUCUACUAUACAAUUAUUUGGAUCUAAGGGAUCUACAGUAGUAGACUUAGUGAAUAAUAUAAAGUUAUCUAUAGCUGCCCAGGUUUUCCAACCUCAAUUAAUUGUCGAACUUAAUCAAGAUGAUGGUAUCUUAUUUAAGGAUUCUAAAUCAGGUUUCGAAUUAAUUGAAGCUAAUGCUAUAGUUAAAUAUUUAGCUAAAGAUUUCAACUCUUCAAGUGUGAUUUCUAAAGAGGAAUUGGAAAUUUAUCCUCAAUUAAAGUCUAAUCAAUUAACUUCUAUUAAGUAUGAUGAAUCAUUAUUCCAUAAGGUAGAAUUUACUCCAUCACAAAUAAUUUUAUUCUCAGCUUUAUAUCCUACUUUAAAAGAUCAAAAGGAUAUUAGUGGAUGGUUUACUGAAUUCUUAACUAAUGAAAAAGUUGCGAAGGCUGUUAAACAUGCUUUAAGUAUUACUACAUUAGAAAGACCUAAAGAAAUUAAUACCGGUAUUAGAAAAAUUAAAGCUAAUCAUUUAGUUAAACCAAAAGUGGCAAGUAUUGUACCAAAGGAUGGUGAAAGAAAUAUCUUAAUUACUUCUGCUUUACCUUAUGUUAAUAAUGUACCUCAUUUAGGUAAUAUUGUUGGAUCAGUAUUAUCAGCAGAUAUUUAUGCUCGUUAUACCAAGAAUAGAAAUUAUAAUUCUUUAUUCAUUUGUGGUACUGAUGAAUAUGGUACAGCAACUGAAACUAAAGCUUUAAAAGAUAAUGUAACUCCUCAAGAAUUAUGUGAUAAAUAUCAUAAAAUUCAUAAACAAGUUUAUGAUUGGUUUGGAAUUGAUUUUGAUUAUUUUGGUAGAACUCCAACAUCUUUACAAACAGAAAUUGCUCAUGAUAUAUUUCUUAAAUUAUAUAAAAAUGGUUAUUUAGAAGAAAAAACUGUUCCACAAUUAUAUUGUGAAUCUCAUAAUAAAUUCUUAGCUGAUAGAUAUGUUGAAGGUACUUGUCCACUUUGUGGUUAUGAAGAUGCAAGAGGUGAUCAAUGUGAUAAAUGUGGUAAUUUAUUAGAUCCAUUAGAAUUAAUUAAUCCUCGUUGUCAAGUUGAUAAUGCAACUCCUAUAGUUCGAAAUUCAACUCAUGUUUAUCUUAAACUUCCUGAAUUAGAAGAAAAAGUUAGUAAAUGGAUUGAUGAAGCUUCUACUAAAGGGGCUUGGUCAAAGAAUUCUAAAACUAUUACUGCUUCUUGGAUUAAAAAAGGUUUAGAACCAAGAUGUAUUACUAGAGAUUUAUUUUGGGGUACUCCAGUUCCAUUACCAAAUUAUGAAGAUAAAGUUUUAUACGUUUGGUUUGAUGCAACUAUUGGUUAUAUUUCAAUUACUGCUAAUUACUUUAAAGAAAAGGAAAAUCCUGAAGAUUGGCAUAAAUGGUGGAAUAAUCCUGAUAAUGUUGAUUUAUAUCAAUUUAUGGGUAAAGAUAAUGUUCCAUUCCAUACUGUUGUAUUUCCAGCUUCAUUAAUUGGUACUGGAGAUGUUUGGACUAAAUUACAUCAUUUAAGUACUACGGAAUAUUUACAAUAUGAAGGAGGUAAAUUUUCAAAAUCUAGAGGUGUAGGAGUAUUUGGUAAUAAUGCUGAAGAUACUGGAAUUCCACCAUCAGUUUGGAGAUAUUAUUUAGCAUCAGUAAGACCAGAAUCAUCUGAUUCUCAUUUCUCAUGGGAAGAAUUUGUUACUAAGAAUAAUUCUGAAUUAUUAGCAAAUUUAGGUAAUUUUGUUAAUAGAAUUGUUAAAUUUGCUAUUGCAAAAUAUAAUGGAGUUAUUCCAAAAUAUGAUAUUAAAAAUAUUGGAGAUUAUGAACAAUUUGAAUCUGAUAUUAAUGGUUUAUUAACUAGUUAUAUUGAAAAUAUGGAAGCAGUUAAUAUUAGAAAAGGUUUAGAAACUGCCAUGGCAAUUUCUGCUCGAGGUAAUCAAUUCUUACAAGAUAAUAAAUUAGAUAAUAGUCUUUAUGCUAAUUUACCUGAUAAAUCAGAUGCAGUUGUUGCUGUAGCAUUAAAUUUGGUUUAUUUAGUUAGUGCAGUUAUUGCUCCAUUUAUUCCUGAUACUACUGCACAAAUUAAUGAAAUUUUAAAUGCUCCUGCCUUAUCUAUUACUGAUAAAUUUGAAUUAGUAUUAGAAGAAGGUCAUAAUAUUGGUAAAGCUCAAUAUUUGUUUAAGAGAAUCGAUGAAAAGAAGAUUGAAGAAUGGAGAGCUAAGUAUGGUGGACAAGACAGUACUUGAGCUACAACAACCACAAACAAACAAACAAACUCUAGAUAUAUACACAUAGAUAUAUACAUAUUGUAACGUAUAAUUGACUAUUAUUUUGAAAUUACUAAAUGUAGCACACCAGUGUGUAUAUAGUACAUACAAAACCCCUGUUGCAAUUAAGGUUUACUUUACCGCAUAUUACCGGGGAUCCGAUCCAGCAGUUAUAGUGGUGAUACUUUUUCCCGGGGUAACCCCAGAAUUCACAAAUAUAAAUAAAGACGUGGGGUUAAGUGUAAAUAUGUAAAUAUAUAAUUAGUGUAUUAUGUGUGUGUAG